AUGACACAAAUCCUUCUAAAAAUGGUUAUUCGAAUCGUAAUAGCUGGUGAAUCACAAUGUGAAACGUUUGCACAAGUAUGCCUUGUAGCUGAUUAUAUAUCCCAAAAUCUCCCAAAUUUUUGCUAUGAACAAAUAAAAAAGUCGGUAUUGGAAUGGCAGGCUUGGUUAAGUAAAAUUAACCAGAAAAAUAAAUGGCACCACAUCAACUCUCCUAUUGUUUGGAAAGAAAUGUUAAUGAAAGGUAGUAAGCCCGUUUAUAUCGGAGGAGCUUCAGAAUUUCUAGAGUACUGUUAUUCGUAUUAUAAUUUCGAUGCUUUUAUGGCAUCGUCAAAGUUUUGUGGAUUGGUAAAAAAUUUUGGUCAAUACCAAGAAAAACUAAAAGUUGAGACCUUCAGCAAGCCUACAGCAGAAUUUUCAAAAGUCAUAGCAUCCGAAAUGAAACCUAAUGAAAAAUGUCACAAAAAUAUAGUAAUAACAAUUUCUGGAGUUUCGAAUCCUUUGGCAAUCCAUAUAUUGUCGGGUCUUUUGGAAAUGAGCAAUUUGGGACUAUCCAAAGUUUACAUUUAUGAUAAGGACUGUUCUGCUGAACACAUGGAGUUAGUUGAAAGACAAUGCAACUACAUUAUGACAUGUAAUUCGGGUAAAACUGUAAAAUACGUAGAGAAGCUUGGGAUGGCUCUUACACACACCAACUUACUCAUUAUUCUUGAUCACGUUUUAUUCAACCAUGAUUUACCCAUGGGCGAAUGGCUUAAGAUGAAUAAAAAGAAGAUGCAAAACAUAGCGCUAAUCAUAAAUACUUCUGCUUCCCGAGAAAUGUUUGUUAUGUUUCCAAAUGUUGGCCCUGCUUGUUACAAUGCUACUGUUUUGAUAGAUAAAACGAUACUUGAUCAUAGAAACAUCGUAGUCGCCACAUCUGAUUUGGGCUUGGAAAUAUCUUCGGUAGCUGCAGAAAUUGCUGAAAUACCUUUACGCAAUAUGUAUUGCCCACCAGUGUGGGGUUUUGUUGGAAUAAAUCAUUUGGUAGAUAUAUGUACCACCGUACACAAAUACAACAGCUUUGAACCUUACAAAAGAUAUUAUAAAGUAAGAAAUUCUUCUUUAAAAAUUGGAACCUUAACACCGGAAAUGAGAACUAUGGAAUAUCUCAAGUUAUCAGAUGAAUCUUUGUGGGAAAAGGUGUCUCGAAAUCAGGCAAAGAGAGCGAAAGACCAGAUUGCUAUUAACAAAGCCUUAGCAGUAUUGAAUGUAAUCAAAGUUUGGUUAUUUGACGUCAGGACUGAUCAAAUUGUAAACUUAGGAAUAAAGUGUAAUGGUACUUUUGGAUUAAAAUUUAAAGGAAUAUUUUCGCAACCUGCAAGGUUCGUUAAUGGUCAUUGGUUGCCUGCAGAAGAUUUUUUACUUCCACGAGAUCGACAAAUGAAAUUAUGUUAUCUAGAUAAAAUGGCAGAGUUUGUAAUGACACUUAAUCGUAAUAGCUUACCCAAUAUUAUACCGCAGGAACAAGGAUGCAACAUGCUAGAUGAAAAAUACACAAUGCGAAAAGCGUCACCAUUGCCAGAGUUUGCCAAAGAUUAUACUGUCUGUGGCUCUUAA